CUUCUGAUAAAUACCUGGUGUAGCACAGCUGUGAUUUCUACCUAUAAAUAAUUAUAUCUAUUCCCUUAAAUAUACUCUCACAGUUAUUUGGACAUCAUGGCGGAGACCCAAACCUCAUCUUCCAAGUCCAUUGAAGCCCCUGAAAGCGGCACUUUCGAGAACUCGGAGAAGAAUGGCAGUAGCGAUGUUGUCACCACGAACAUCUCAGGCCAUGUUCAAGAGCUGGAUCGACAAUUUGGGCUGUGGAGUAUCUGUGCCACGGGUAUUGUAACUGGCAAUACCUGGACGGCAAUUGGUGGUGCAAUCGUCGUUGCAAUCUACAAUGGUGGCCCCCCUGGUGUUAUUUAUGAGUUUAUCGUUGUUUCUAUAUGCUACUGGUUUGUUGGAGCGUCGAUUGCUGAACUGGCGUCUGCUAUACCAGCAUCUGGUGGAGUGUACCACUGGGCCACCGUCGCAGCUGGACCACGAGCUGGUCGAGUUUGUGGCUGGUUUGCUGGGUGGUGGAACCUACUCGCCUGGAUCUUCGGGGCAUCAGCCAACGCUGCCAUCAUUGGCAAUGGAGUUCUCUACUGCUAUCAGCUUUACCACCCAGAGAUGGAAGUUAAACGCUGGCAGGUCUUCAUUGUCUACCAAAUCAUGACCUGGUUUUGCUGUUGUAUUGUCUUGUUCUGCAACCGCGCUCUCUCUACUAUCAACAGAGUUGGCUCGUUCUUCAUGCUCGCAGGGGUCGUCGUCACUGUCCUCGUUUGCGCCAUCAUGCCAUUCCACAACGGUAAAGGACACGCAUCAAAUUCAUUUGUCUGGAAAGAUUGGUCUAAUGAAACCGGGUACUCUAAUAAUGGCCUGGUUUUCCUCACGGGUAUGCUGAAUGGUGCCUUUUCCGUCGGCACGCCUGACUGUCUUACUCACUUAGCUGAAGAGAUCCCAAGACCAAGCUCAAAUAUCCCAAAAGCGAUCCUUGCUCAGAUCGUAACGGGAUUCAUCACAGGUAUGAUCUUCAUGAUCACCAUUUUCUACUCCAUCAACGACCUCGAAGGACUUUUCAAAUCCAACUCCGUCUUCCCCCUUGGCAACAUUUACCAUCAAGCCACUGGCUCCCGCAGCGGGGCGGUCGGUCUCGUCAUUGUCAUAUUACUACCUAUCGUCGCUGCUAGCAUUGGCUGCUACACGACUGCGGGUCGCAUGCUUUGGACUCUGGCUCGUGAUGGUGCCGCGCCCGGUAGAAACUCUGUCGGUGCCAUUAGCCCUAAAUUCAAGAAUCCCUUUGUCGCGACGCUGGUCUGCGGCGUUGUGUCUUGCGUUAUGGGCGGGAUCUAUGUCGCUUCCACGGCGGCAUUUAAUGCUUUCAUAGGCGCGUUUGUUAUCUUGUCGACCGCCUCAUUCCUUGCUGCGCUGAUUCCACAUCUUUUGUCCAAAAGAUCGAAUAUUAAGCCUGGUGCGUUUUGGAUGAAAGGCUGGAUCGGCUUUGCCGUCAACAUUAUUGCUUGUGUUUACAUGGCUGUCUUUAUGGUUAUUUAUUGCUUUCCUUACACCAUGCCUGUCGAUGCCGAGGGGAUGAACUAUGCAAGCCUCGUCACUGGUGGGCUGUCAGUAUUUGUGGGAAUUUGGUGGUUUAUUGGGCAGAAGAACUAUGUUGGGCCGAAGGUUGUUGCGAAUGGCCUUGCGCCUGAGAUGGCUGAUGAUUACAAGGAUAAAGUAUAA